UGAAGUUGUGACAAUGUUGUGACAACCUUGUUCAGACAACGUAAACAGCACCACCUUUUGACAACGUUUUUCACAAUAUAUCUAUUCCCUAUCUUGUUUUGUAUACUUUCCUUUUAAUAAAAAUAAUAAUAAUAACCUGUCACCGAGCAUCCAAUAAACUGCGAGUAACCAACCACCUCCAACCAAUGGCGCGCAGCUACACGCAGACAGGACGCUGGACGGAAGUAGAUGCAGCAUAUUAUUUGGCGUCACUCAUAUGUGCAGCGGCCUAACCUUGGAUGAAAAUUCAAAUGUAUUCUAUUCACAUAUGGCUAAAUAAUUAACGACAAAAAGAUAAAUAGUAAUACCGUUACGGGAGAAGCAAGGAUUUGUGAUUUUAGCGUAGUAAAAUACCCAUUCAUCGCUCGUGAAUCCCUUAGCUUACCGGAAACUAUUAUUGGAAGCUUUUAGGAUUCGUAUCCAGCCAAACACAGGGAUGGAACAAGAAGUAACGAAAUUAAGAAAACUCUCCUUUUGUUGUUGCUAGACGUCUCAUUAGUACGGAAACUCGUUUACGUAUUGGUAGCACGUUCUUGUGAUGAUGCUGUCCAAUCCCCUGACUGACCCAAAAGGCACACAGCAGGUGCCUACAUCUGGAACUGGUCCACACCCACAGCCCACACUCUAUCAAGACCUAUUACUUAGGAAUUGCAGAGACACUAGAAGGAGAAACUGUGGAUCAGAUGAGAAAAUGCUGUACUCAAUUCCAGAAGAUCAAACACAAGAUAAGGACCCUCUUUUCCUGGACACUGAUGGAAAGCGUACACAGAUGUCUUCAGAGCUGAAAGGAAGUGCCUUGGGAAUCAGUCCUGGACAGAGCAACACCUAUUUUCAAGCUGCCCCAGAGGAAGUGGGCAUUUUCAAAGCUAGAGGAUGGGAACCACCUCCCACCUUCCCACCUGCUCCUCCUGCAGGCCCAACAGGAGAACAACUGGGUGCUCUGGAGAGGUUCCUCGUGGCCCAUCAAACAGAGAUGAAGCGCUUGUUGGCAGGUGCCCUGGGUUCCCUGACCCAGAGGUUAGAAGGAGUUGAGCGCAGGAUGGAGCAGCUGCAUGCUCAGAGCAGUGCACAUGGAAACAGCCUAGCUGUGCUUCACAGCAAAGUUAACCAUCUCAGAAAAGAUAUCUCUAUUGGAUAUUCAAGUACACUGUCAACACACAAUGUGGUCCCUGCCUGUGCUUAUGAAAAAGGCUCAGAUAAGUCAAAGGAAGACAGGGAAACGUCUACAGUCUCCUCACAGAGAUCCAACUGUGUUACCUGUACAACUGCUCCUAAAGGAAGUAAGAACAUUGUGCGUUCACAGACAGCAAUGGUCUCUUCUACAUACAGUUCUGAUCCUGAUUGUAACACUCAGGGGCUGAACUCCUUAGGCCUCAGUGGAAGCUCAUCCCAACAGGAGGAAAAAUCCUCAAGUCAGAGUGAGCGUUUGCAGGGUAACUACUCUCCUGUUUCAGAUUUUCAGGACCUGGAGAUGGAAUUGGAAAACAAGGGCUCAGAUGAGAGAAAGAAAGACACUGAAAUUUCUACACUCUUCUCACAGAAAUCAAGGUCUGUUACCUGUACAGUUGCCCCUGAAGGAAAUAAGGACAUUGUGUCAUAUAGUCCUGAUCAUAAAACCCAGUGUUUGAGCUCCUUAGGGCUCAGUGGAACCUCGCCUGGACAGAUGGAAACAUCUUCAGGACAGAGUGGAAGCUUCCAGGAUAACUACUCACUUACUUCAGACUUUCAAGACCUGCAAGAUGAGAAGAGACAGGUUGCUUUGACAUUAAACAAUUCUGUGCUAAGUAAGUCAAACAAAAGUGUGCCAGCGUGUUUUCUAAAGCUUCACUUCCCUGAAGGCUCAGAGCCAGGGCCACCAUGUCAGUGUGAUGAACGGUAUGUUGCAUCCAGUCAGUGUUCAUGGACAGUGGCACAACCUGAGUUACCGUCCUUGACUGCUGUGGUUGGAUGUUCAAAAUGUGAGCCAGCCAGUCACCUUGUCCUGUUGACACAUUCCAUGAGAAACUCGGAUGAAAAUUGGUCCCAUUGCAUUGCCCGGACUACUGUCUCCCCGGCAGAGCAGCUAGUGGCACAGCCUACUAAUGAAAAACCAAAGGUUUGUUCUCUUCCCCUGGUCACUUCUCUGCCUAUUGGAGAACAGGAUACCAGAUCGGGUCCAUCCUUGUUCUUGAACAGCCUGUCAGUCUUAAAAGACAUGCCAAUAACAGGUGAGGGAUUGCUUGCUUGUGUUGAAUAUAAACCAACAGGAGACACUAAAAAACAUGAUAAGAGAUUGGGAGAACAGAACCUGUCUAAGGACAUGAGUUUUCAGCACUCCUCAAAGAAUGGUACAAUGCCCUAUGUAAGGUUAAAACACCCUGUCCACAGUAAAUUACCAGCUCUUCUAUCAAAAUCUCAUUGCAUGGUAAUCAACUCGUUGGUGCCACAUGUGAACUCUUAUAAGGCUUGCUAUAUAUUACCUGAUUUAAAACUGGCUGCUCCAAAAAAUGGACUGUCAAAGCUACUUCAACUGGAAAUAUCUAAGUGCAAUACGAGUGAACUUCUGAAUCAACUGUCUGACACUGCCUGCCGCUUGAUGCCCCUUAGCCUCUCUACCAACAUUGUCUUAUCCCAAAGUGGUUACAGGAUAAUUAGUUCCAAGCUCAAACACCACCAGGGUCAGGCCAGUUCCACUUGUAGCUGGCCUUUACUGAAAGCUGGCAAAGUCCUGCCUCUGGUGUUGCUUGGAGAUCGUCAUCAUUCUGUUUUGUCAGAGAGUACAGCUCUGAUCCAGACUUCUCAUACUCCUUCUCUCCAUAAGCUGUUGGAUAGAGGCGCUCGUUUGACACAACUGCUUCGGACUGCUGCACAUUUCCCCAUGUUCGUUUUAAGUAAAGGCAACAUCUCUGGAGCUGGGCUCGGCACAGUGUUGGCUAUGUCCUCUCCUACCUCCUUCAGACUCUGGUUUCGCCACAGACGCCUCAGCUGCCCCUUCCCAUUCUUGUCAUCAUCUUCUGUCGAUAAAGUCAUGAGACAGAUAGUAGAGGAGAGCAGGUGUCAUCCUUUUCGACCAUUGGUUGACUACACUGGCACACCAGGUCUUGAUAAUGAUCACUGCUAUGCCCGGCGAUCCAGUCAAGAGGCUUCUCCCAGCAGGAAAAGGGCUUCAGCACGGAAGAUGUCCUCACCUCCAUCCCCAUAUCGGCUCACAAAGAUUCAUCUCACCUCAGAGAGGAACUCUGUUUACCCUGCACAGCAUAGCUCCAGUCCCAAAUGCGUGGGGUUGGAUAGGUGCUCAGUUGAACCACUGCAGAACUUUGCCAUCAUUGGUGCAAAUGUUAAGUACCCCUGCCUCCACAACCAUGGUUCCUCCAGGGAGAGCAGCCAGGUGGGGCUUUAUGAUUCAGAUUCUUCUACACAGCCAGGACAGCGGUCUAAAAGAGUUUCCCAGAUUCGCAUCCGCAAGACUGUGCCCAAAGCAGAUAACAACCUUACACCAAUGGGGCUCCCCAAACCAAAGAGAUUAAAGAAGAAAGUGUUUAGUCUGGAGGAAAUUUACACCAACAAGAAUUACAGAUCUCCAACACCAAACAGAAGCCUGGAAACAAUCUUUGAAGAACCAAAGGAGAAGAAUGGGACAUUGGUGUGUAUUGGCCAUCAGAAAAGAAAGCGUGUUUUAGACUUCCCAGAUUUCACAUUGCCACGAAAACGCAAAGCGAAGGCCAACCUGGGUUCCCUGCGCAUGAAAAUCCCUCGGGGACGGGCUCGUAGGGGUAAAAACGAAGAUGCAGACCUGGACAUCAUGCUAAUUGAACGACUUAGCGAACUGGAGGACUUCUUCUCCCGCCAAGGACUGGAGGGCUAAUGCCAGUCCUUUCAGUCUUCACAAAUCAACACAAAUGGCCUGGUGAAUUCUGAUUUUUGCUAGCAUUCAUUUUGUUUAUCACUUCAUUGAUUUUUGUCUGACAUUAAACGAGUAGUGCUUGUGCAGAUUUGUGCCAAUCCCAUUUGGGAAAAGAGAAGAUAUUAUUUCUCUGGAGAAAAGCUUCAGUGCAGCUUUUUCAGUCAUGUAUUUGAUCAAAAUGUAACCAAAAAUAAUACUGCAUCACCAGUCCUAAUACAUAUCCAUUAUUAUAGAUUCUUAUUUGAUUUCUGUGUCCCUUAUGUGAAAUAUUAGAAACAGUCAAACCAUUACUCAACAGUUUGGUCCUGCUAUAAAUGACAAAAAAAUUUUUUUUUUCUUAAUGCCAGACUUAAUCCUUAGAAAACACGACGACAAAUAUUCUUCAUUUCCAAUUGUGAAAAUAUUGCUUGUGGCUAUUAAUUACAUGAUUUCUCGGUUCAAAGACUGACAAAGAUGUAGACUCUGCAUUACUGUUGAAAGGAAGGUUACUGUGUUUCCACCAGCAACUGUGAAAUAGGGGUACUGAGCACAAGUCUGAUCCACAGUUAUAGAGCUGCGUUUGAAAGCGGGUUAUAGUCACCCAUCACACCUGAGCACUUUCCACCUCCAAUCUCACCUUGCUUUGAGCAGCAUGUCUGGCAUUUCUCCUUAUCCACAAAAUGCAUACAUAGGACAGCUUCAAUAAAAAUCAAGCCUGUUUUUCAUUCUUGAAGCAUUGAUUCAGUAGCCUACAAUAGCUUAUGCUUUGGACAGUUGGAUAAAAUUUUAAAGGGACUGAGCAGAAGGUGCUUUUCAUUGGCUUCAAUGCUACUCUGGGAUCAAUGCCAUAGCUACCUUACCACUGUCAUUACAAAAAAAAAUAUAUAUAUACACACACACACACACAUAAGCUCACCGGACAAAAAAAUGUGUCACCUGUGACUGAAAAGUACCUAAUAGCGUGUAAUACCUCCACUAGCACGAAUAACAGCUGCGAUUCGAUUUGCCAUGGACUGGACAAGUUUCUGGAUGUAGGCGACAUCAACGUUCAGCCACUCUUUCAUCAAAGAAUUGUGUGGAUCCCUUCCCUGGCAUCUUACUCGUUGUUCCAUCCACUCCCACAGAUUUUCAAGAGGAUUCAAAUUUGGGAUUUUGCAAGCCAGUCCAGAUGUGUGAAUGCUCCUGAAUGUUCAUCAUGCCAGUCAGUCACAUUUGCAGCUUUGUGAAAGCUAGAAUUUUCAUCUGGGAAUACAACGAUAGGAAUGUUGUGUUCCUUGGUAAGAUGAUGAGCAAAAGGUAAAACCUGGUUGUACAGCAGCUCAGUGUAGGCACUGUGGGUCAAAUUUACCGUCACCUCAACCAAAGGACCCGUUUCCACGUAACUAAAACACCUGCAAAACAUCACAGAGCCUCCUCCAGCUUCAACCACACCUUGCACGCAGUCCUCAUUGAAAGCUUCCAGAGUUCUAUGAUGGACACGAUGCCUCGCGUCAUUUACAUACAGGUUGAAACAAGAUUAAUCUGACCAGAUAACAUGUUUGCAGUUAUGAGCAAUCCAAUUUUUGUGUCUCUUCACCCACUGUAACCGGGCAACUUUGUGAGCAGAAGUGAGCAUGCCACUCUGCUCGAUAAUGUUCAUGGUAUGCAUUUUCAUGUGGUGUUCUUUCAGAAAUUGAUUGUGAAGGACCUGUGUCAACUUCUAGACGCAAUUCUUGCCUGGAAUCGAAGCAAUUUUUAUUCACAAGCCGUGAAACAUGAUGGCAGUCCCUGUCCAUCAGUUUCAUCUUUCGGCCACAAUACAGGAAAUUCUUGUCAGAAGACUGGGAUUUUUGCCACUGCUGGUAGUUUGACCGUAUGCUUCAGUACACCUACAAAGUCAACUGCUUCCUUAACACUUUGGCCUUUGGCACACCCAAAUGCAGUCACUUCUUUUUGACAAUCAUUAACAUCUGCUUUGCGACCCAUUUUCCACACAUCGAACGAGACAUUUACUGCACUGUACCACCUCUUCUCAAUCCAUGAAUCCUGUCGCACACCCCACAGGUAUUUGUAGCCUGACCUUCUAUGUGCAACGGAAGGUGACUAAUUUUUUGUCCAGGGAGUUUAUACAUACACACACUUAUAGCCACAUGCAGCAAUCUGCAGGUUCAAGCACAAAUUGGCACAAUGAGGCAUUCUGCCAUUCUGCCCAGUGAGGCUUAACAAAGGCGUAAUGCAGUUUGGGCAUUAUUUACAGAGAGAGGAUGAAAAAAAUGCAAUUAAGUCAGAGUUUAUCAAAAGGUCUUUAUUUGCCAUAAUUGUUGAGCGGUGGUUUUUAAACAUGAUACAUUCUUAAUUUCAUAUAUACUGACGCAUGCCAUAAUGAGGCCAUUGCACCCAUAAGGGGCCUUUUUGGCAUAGAGGAGCUAAGUGAAAGUAAGUCAGAAUUUGUCAAAAGGUCUCCAUAUAUUAUGAUUAUUGAUCCGGGUCCUUCAAAAAAGAUGUUCACAGAGUUUUGACCUUUUGACCUUAGUAUAAUAAGCUGCAGUCUUUCAAUGAAUAAGCCAAAAUACCACAGAAGGGGUCCAAUGUCUGACAUUAAAUGUAAUUGCAGAGUUAUUCAGAUCAGGGAACUGAAUCAAAUGGCACAAAUAGUUUAUCUGUAGAGUGCAUAAUUUUAUUUUUAAUAGAGUUUUUAAUGAUUUGGUGUUUUUGUGCACGAAAGUGCCCCUUAAGGCCAAUCUGGACUAACUUUGCACACCUCAUCAGAGUCUCAAUUUAUAAGCGUGUUUUCAAUUUUGAGAUAAGAAGGCCAGCUGCUGAUGAGUUAUAGCAAUUUAAGCUAGCAAUGCCAUAGCCGCAAUGAUUAAUUGAUAGAGGGAGACUAUAAUAAAUAAAAAAGUCAACAUUUUUAGCAAUUUUUACCUAAAGAGGCCACAGAGUAUUUCAAGACCAGUUUUGAAAAGUUCAGAUCAAAAUCCCGGGACUAGUUUGAAAUGUAUCAUUUUCGAACAGUUGACAAUUGCAAAAUAAUGAUGUAUUUUUUAUACACAGGUAAUUGCAAAGUUGUUUGGCACACUGAUAGGUGAUCUCAAAUCAGCUAUCUGACAGUAAGUAGAAAUUUGUAUAAAAAACACUUAAAUUUUAUGCAAAGCACCCUCUAGUGGCUCUGGUUGUUAGAAAGUGCCUACCUAGACACAGCAUUCAAGUUCCAUGAUGAUUGGGCAAAGUUAAGCCUUUUAAAUGCCUGCUGACAGCUAAUUGGCUGCUGGCAGCCAUACAUUUUGAUGUAUUAAGUCGUCAUUGAGAAAUCUCUUAUAAUUAGUCUACAAGAUGCAGCAAACAAAAUUUCAGCUUCAUCAGAUGUAUGGAUGCUGAGAAAGUUGUUUAGCAGUUACAGUACCCCCUGAGCAUGUACAUGCACCACAACUGACAGACUACAUCAGAACUGACUCUUGAAUAAACAUGUGAAGUUGCAAAAA